UAAUUUCAUUUCUAAUUAGUGACUCGCGCGGUGAUCACUGCAACGUGUUACCAAAAAUAAAAGUGAAUGUGCAAUUCGCUAGUGUUCCCCUCGCGGAAAUUUUUUUUGUGAAGCUGACCCCUGAUCAAUCGGUUCAGCACCUGCAUAAAUGCAUCACGGAAUUUUCCGCGGUGAAAGAUGACAGAAUCUAAGCCGAUUGCAACUGAGAGCUUUGAUCUAUCUGAUGAAUCGCGUGAUGUUCGUCCACCAGCACAUUAUCGGUACAAACUGCCUACGGAGGAUGAAGAACGACUUGAACGGUUAUUCCGUGAGUUAGACAUAUCCAACGAUGGCAGGAUCGAUGUCAAAGACUUGACUCAGGGUUUGCAGAGAAAAGGCAUCAUAUUGAGGCCCUCUGACGCAAUGGACAUGGUGAAGCAGGGCGAUUUGAAUGCUUCCGGGGACAUGGACUUUGCGGAAUUCAUCCACUAUAUGGUGGAGCACGAGAAGCGACUGCGGUUGGUCUUUUCAACUUUGGACGUGAACCAGGACGGCAGACUUGACAAAGGCGAAAUCAUGGCAUCUUUUAAGGAUCUCGGCAUUUCAUUGACGGAAAACGAAUGUGCAAACUUGCUCGGCAGGAUUGACAAGGACGGAAGUCUGGACAUUUCUUUCGAAGAGUGGCGCGAAUUUUUGUACUUCCAUCCUAGCGGUGAUUUAAAAUCCAUUCUUGCCUAUUGGAAGCAUCCACCUGAACUCCCGUCGUGGGUCAUCGGAAACUAUUCACGAGUCUUCAACCUCCCUGUUCUUCCCCCUCAUCCCCGACAGGUUCUCGACAUAGGUGAAGCAAUUGAUGUGCCGGAAGAUUUUAGCGAGAGCGAGCUGAGAAGCGGGCUGUGGUGGCGGCAUUUGGUGGCUGGCGCGAUCGCGGGGGCGGUGUCGCGCACGUCGACGGCGCCGCUGGACCGCCUCAAGGUAUUCCUCCAGGUGCACGGCCUGAAGCAGUUCGGCAACUUGAAUGGCUGCCUCAAUCACAUGCUGUCCGAGGGCGGCAUCGGCAGCCUCUGGCGUGGCAACGGCAUCAACGUGCUCAAGAUUGCCCCCGAGUCGGCGCUCAAGUUCAUGGCCUACGAGCAGAUGAAGCGGUUUAUUCGCGGCGACGUGCCCAGAGAGAUUAUGGUGCGCGAACGAUUCCUGGCGGGGUCCUUUGCAGGCGCCUUUUCCCAGUCUGUCAUUUAUCCCAUGGAGGUGCUCAAGACGAGAUUGGCUCUUCGCAAAACGGGUGAAUUCAAAGGAAUUUUGGAUGCGGCGAAGAAGAUCUACGACGUGGAAGGAUUUCGCGGAUUUUAUCGGGGAUAUGUUCCGAACCUCGUGGGCAUCAUUCCUUACGCAGGCAUUGAACUGGCAGUUUACGAGACGCUCAAACAACAAUUCAUAUCGAAGCAGAAUGGGGAGCCCAGUGUUUUCGUCGCUUUGUUUUGUGCGACAACCAGCAGCACGUGUGGGCAGAUUUGUGCCUAUCCAUUGGCUUUGGUGCGAACAAAACUUCAAGCUCAAGUCGUUGAGCGAAGUCAGAGGUGUUCUAAGGCUGUGCAAAUCACCGUGCCUUCAGGACCCGGCGGAGCGGGCGCGUCGACGGCAGCAGCAGCAACGGCGACGGCGCAUCCGUCGUCGGCGACGGAGAUGAUACGGAGCAUCCUGCGGACCGAGGGCUGGACGGGACUCUAUCGCGGACUCCUGCCCAACUUCAUGAAGGUCAUCCCCGCUGUGUCCAUCAGCUAUGCACAGAAACGGAAGCAUUUUAGUAGUAAUUCUAAUGCCCGAGGAGACAUUUUCCUGCUACUCGGUGACGAAAACUGUAUCAGCAUCAGUUGA